AUGUCAUUCGUCGGUAUACCGCGAAACAAGGAUAAUUACGACGAAGUUGAGAUCUACCGAAUGUCCGAUCUCAUGCGCUACGACCCAGUUCGGCUUUCGGUUCCUGGUCUAGUAUUCACAGCUAUUUUGGGGGGUGGUGAUUAUGACCCGAAUGGUCUUGAAGGGGUCACCGUCGACACUGCUUACAGGCUAGCUGGAAGCAAUGAGUUAAUUAGAGGACUAUGGGAAGGGGUCAAAGGUGACAAUGGGCAGCCCAAGCUAGAGCAGUGGCGUGACGCUCUUCGGAAUGAGCUUACAACUAAUUCGCAGCACCUCCUGAAGACUCGACGCCCACUGGUUGCUACAUAUGUCACGGAACAUUUCCCGGACACCGAGAUCGUGCGAAGAUACACCGACCCUCUGACGACUCACUGCCCAAAUGAUGGCGGACCUAGUAACAGGGUGUCCAACUGGGGAACCCGCCUUCCUGAUAUGGCCGCUCUCACCAAGCUCAUAUGCGAGCACUGGAACUGGAACUGGCAAGAGCUUUACAAUUUUUACCGCAAAUCUGUCUGGCCAGGGACGUGUAUCCGCCAGCUUUUGGAGCCGGAGCUUGCAGCGAGGAAGGCCAGAUCAGAGUGCCUUGACCACCGAUCCCUUCACAAGAUCUACGGCUGCGUGGAACCUCGUCCCGAAGGCCUCUCGUUCGAUGUCUACAAGAUUCGCUCGUCGAUUACAGGUGUCCUAGUGCCUGCAAUCAAAGCUUUCAUGAGUGCCAACUGUCUUGAAGCUCCCCCCUCAAACUCGCAUAUUAUCUUUUCUCAACUCCAAAUUCCUGCUCCAGUCAUCGACUACAUGGUCCCAAAACUUGCUGAAUCGACUUCUCCGACAUCUACCACAGCUGGAAGGAAGAGGAAGAAUAUAGAAUCCGAGUGA